AAUACCCCCAGAGAGUCAUGGGGAAGAAAACACAAAUCGCUGAUAACGUGACCGCGCAGUAUACAAACGAAAUUGACUAUUAGGCAGCUCGUGUUGGCAUUUAUUCUAGUUUGGACUUUCGGAGUAAAAGCAAAACAAAACGCCAUGAACUGGAGGAGAUCAGGAAUAACAUUCGCCUUGAUAUUUAUUAUUGGGGUAACAUCAGCUGCAGAAGAGGGGGAGGAGAUUCUAAUAACCACAACGAGAUUAUCGACAACGUCAGAAAGUGAAAUUUUAUUAACCACAACAGAAAAAUCCGGAAAAGCCGAAGAAGCAGAGGAAACAACAACGGAAGUGGAGGAGGAAACAACCACAACCACCACAGUUACAAUAGAUGACAACGAAAACACUGAGCCGCAUGUUAAAGAACCCGAAACCCCUUUACCCGAAUAUGCCAUCAAACAAAUGAAUUCCAUAUUGAAUCACAUUCUUCAAGCCUCGUAUCGAUUUGUAACUCAAAUGUUACAAGAAACCACUGCAGAUCCUGAAUCAUAUCCUCGAGAAAAACUUAAAACCUAUGCCGAGCUGUUGCUACGCCUACUGCACAUCGACGAUGAGCUGGAAUAUGAUGAAGAAUAUCAUUACAAUUUAAUGCUGAAGAAGUUGAACUUCCUCAAGGGGCGGACAACGAAAUAUCUUUCGACCUAUUUGCCCGAGGGAUGGGUUGAGGUCUACAUGAAAAAUAAACAAGAUAUUGUCGUGUGGAUCGAUGAAUCGGCCGAAGAAUUACACGACACAUUCCGUUGUUAUAUUUCCGAUGAGGAUGAUCAUGUGAAAUAUCAAUAUUUCAAUGAGGGCUUCGAUGAUCUGCUGCGAGCGAAUUUGUUACAACAAAAGUUGACAAUACUUUUGGAUCUCAUCAAAGUGGCAGCGAAUAGGAAAAAGGUCUCCUUUACGGAUAUUUAUAUGCAAACGUAGAAAUUAGUCACUUGUUACAAAUAUUUAGAAUAAAAUUAAGGUGGUUUUGAUUGGAAGAGAUA